AUGAGUUUACUUUUAGUACUAGUAGUGAUAUUCUUGGCGGCAAUCACGGUAUUUAUGUACCUCAUCGCCUCUAAUCUCUACAAGAACUCAAAUAUGCAAAAUUCUCAAAGAGUACAAAGUCAUGAUGAAAAUUCAAACACAAAUACAACAAAUAACGACGACAAAGAAACGGUUCAAGCCCUCAAAGAAAAUAUUGCCGCACUUGAGAAAGAAAAUUUGCAAUUAAAAGCACAAAUAUCGCACAGUAGCGGAAUUUAUCCAAACUUGGAUGCACUAAAAUCUCUCAGUAAGACAUCAGACGAUUUCAAGAAAAUCUACAAAGUCCUUGCUAAAGUCGCAAGCGAGGAUGACCGCGUAACGAUUCAAUACGCUGUUGCCAAUGGUUACAGCAAGGUCAGAGGCGGAACAUGGAAUUACGAUAUCGUUACAAAUGCAGGCUAUAAGAACGAUUUCAGACUUGCACAGCUUUUAGUAGAUUUUGGCGCCGAUCCAAAUUCUACAGAUGGAACUGGCUGUGGUGCUCUCAGAUUCUUCUGCUACGAGGGUAACUUACCAGCUGUUAGGUAUUUUGCUUCUCUUCCAAAAGUUGACAUUAAUGCAGCCAGAGAAGACGGUUUUACACCAUUAAUGGGCGCUGCUAAGUGGGGCCAGCAUGAAGUUGUCGAGUAUCUUGCUUCCCUGAAGAACAUAAACAUCAAUGCAAGAAAUAAAGACGGAAAUACGGCUUUGAAAUGCACAACAUAUGAUGAAAUUAAGAAUAUUCUUAAAUCUAAGGCUGUGUUGAGUAAUUGA